AUGCCAUCUGAGGCUCAGCCUCAGGAGCCUCGGGACAGAGGGCCACCCCCUCCCGUCACUCGGGCCGGCCGCAGCGCUCAGCUGGCCAAAGCCGCCGUUUCUAGCCCCGCCCCUGAGAGGCGGCCCCGUGGGCGACCGCGGAAAGAUGGGAGCAGCGGGCGCCCUGGACCUCCUGCCCCGCCUCCUCCACCACCUCCUCCUCCCCCUCCGCCCCCCAAAUCAAGAAAGAAGGGGCGGAGCCGAGGACGAGCUCAGGUAGAGGAUGAAGAGAGCAUGGACGCCACAGAGAAGAAGCCCCCCCAGAAGACAGAAGUGAAGGAGAAGACCACACGACGGCAGCGCUCCACCUCCAGGAGAAAAUCCAAAACAAGCUCUGAACCUGCCCAGGACCAGCUCAGUCCAGAUCCUGAUCCUGAACCGGAUCCAGGACCGGGGCCCACCGACCCUGAGCCGCCUCUAGCCCUCUUCUCCCCCCUCCAGCCCCCCACCCAAUCCCAUCAUCCUGAUCCUGUUCCUGAUCCUGUGGAGGAAGACCGGCCCAGUCCGAGUCACAGUCCCACACCUACGGAUGUGGACUACAGCCUGAUUCCCAUAGAAGCAGAGGAGGCCGGCCCCGUGGAGCAGAGUCCGGCCGUCAGCCCCCACUCCAGUCCUCCGGUGUCCCCCUGUCUGCGGUCGGAGGACGAGGACUCGCUGUCCCCGCUGUUCCAGCGGUCUCUGUCGGAGGACUCCGGGGACUCGCCCACCCCUAGCCUGGGACACACCAAAAAAAGGCUGAAGCAGUGUGCCUUCUGUUACCACGGCGACGAGCCUCCUCUGGGCCAGGGCCGGCUGGUGGUAUUCGGCCCGACGCCCGGCUACAUCCCGCUCCACAUCCUCAAUCGCCGCACCUCCUCCGACCGAGACAACGACUGCCACGACCACUGCUACCGCGGCCGCCAAGCCCCGCCCACGUGCUGCAGUCCAGAACAGUGUGAGUCUUCCUCAGAGUUCCUUAAGCAGCUCGGACCCAUCGGCCUUCCUCAUGACAUCAACGUCCAGUCACUGUUUGACCCCACAGGUCAGUGCUGUGCUCACCUGCAGUGUGCCACUUGGUCAGAGGGGGUGUGUCGAGGUGAGGGCCAAUCACUGCUCUACGUGGACAAAGCCAUCGACUCAGGAAGCACACAGGUGUGUGUGUUCUGCCGGCGGCUCGGAGCCUCGCUGCGUUGUCAGGAGACAGACUGUGGGCGGUGCUACCACUUCCCCUGCGCUGCUGCUGCCGGAGCCCACCUGGACUGGAACCAGAGACGCACACUGUGUACAAGACACGCAGGGUCCUCGCCACCCUGUGCUCUGUGCUCUGGCGGCGGUGAGCUUGGCAGCCUGUUAAUGUGCUGUUGUUGUGGUAACCGUUACCAUGGCAGCUGCGUGGACCCCUCUGUAGCCCCCUCCCCUUUCUGCCGGGCCGGCUGGCAGUGUCCUCGGUGUCGAGUGUGUCAGAGCUGCAGGCUGCGAGACGAUGAAGCUGCGUUAUUGGUGUGUGAGCGCUGCGAUAAAGCCUACCACACACACUGUCUGACACCACCUCUGGAUCACACGCCGAGCACCAGCUGGAGCUGCAAGAACUGCAGAGUCUGCCGCCGCUGUGGUGUCAGGUCAUCAGGCCAGUGGGCCAAUCACCCGUUUCUGUGUGAGUCGUGUGACCCAGCAUUGCCUUGCCUUCUCUGUGGCCACGCCCCCGACCUCUACACACCACAGGACUGUGUGACCUGUAUCUGCUGCUAUAGGUUUGUCCAUGCAGACUGCAUCAUCCAGGCUGGGGAGGGCAAGGUGGGGUCCGAAGCUUACAUCUGCUCCACAUGCAGACCUCAACAGGAUGAGCCAAACCCACACAGUCCCACAUUGGCAUCAGCUCCCGCCCUUAGCCCCUCACAGACUCCACCCAGUAGCAUUCCACAGCCAUCAGUUUCAACGUGCACAGAGGCUCCACCGGCCAGUCCUGUUGGUCAGCUCGUCCCUGAGGAGCCACCACAGAGAACAACAAAGUCCAUCAGUGCACCAUCACCACCAAGUCUUACGUCAUCUCACCCUGAUCCCAUUGAGCUCCAACAGAAUCCUACACCAUCUCACACUGACUCCCAGGAGCUCCUGAAUAAUCCACUGUCAGUUCUUCCUCAGUCUACAGGACUCCGACAGAGUUCUACAACAUCUCACCCUGAAGCCAGUGAACCCCAACAGAGUCCUCUACCAUCUCAUCCUGAGGGUAUGGAGACACAACAGAGUCCUCCGCCAGUUCUCCCUGAGUCCACAGAGCUCCAACAGAAUCCUCCAUCAGUUCUCCCAGAGUCUACAGAGCUCCAAGGAAGUUCUGUAAUGUCUCACCCUGAAGCCAUGGAGAGAUUAAAGAGUCCUCCAUCCGAUCUCCAUGAAUCCACAGAGCUCCAACAAAAUUCUCCACCAGUUCUCCCUGAAUCCACAGAGCUCCAAGGAAGUUCUGUAACAUCUCAUCCUGACGCCAUGGAGAGAUUAAAGAGUCCUCCAUCCGAUCUCCCUGAACCCGCAGAGCUCCAACAAAGUCCUCCAUCGGGUCUCUUUGAGUCCACAAAGCUCCAAGAAAGUCCAGAAACUUCUCACCCUGAAGCCACGGAGCUCAGACAGAUUUCUCCAUCAGAUCUUCCCGAGUCCACAGAGCUCCAAGAAAGUUCUGUAUCAUCUCAGCCUGAAGCCACGGCGCUCCAACAGAGUCCUCCACCAAUUAUCCAAAAGUCCACAGAACUCCAAGAAAGUCUGUUAUGUCAGCCUGAUUCUGCCAAGCUCCCAGAAACUCCCAAAGUUCUCCCACAAAGUGAAUGGAGCAUGGAGUUGGAACAAAGCCCUUCACAAUGUCAAACUGAUCCCACAGAGCUCCAACAAAGUCCUCCACCAUCUCACCCGAAUCCUUUGGCAGUCCAGCAAAGUUCCUCACCAGCUCUUACAGAGCUCCCUCCUUCUGCAGAGCUCCAACAGAGUUCUUUACCAUCUAGCCCUGUUCUCAAGGACCUUCAGCAAAGUCCUGCAUCAUCUCCCAUGGAGCUCCAACAAAGUUCCUCGCCUACUCCUGUAGAACACCAACAAUUUUCUGCAUCCUCUCCCAAAGAACUCCCAGACAGUCCUGCACCAUCUCACCCUCUUUCCACAGAGCUGAAGCGAAGCCCUCAACCAUCUCCCAAAGAGCUCCCAUCUCAACUUGUUUCCAUGGAGCUUCAACCAAAUUCCUUACAAAUGCUUGAAGAACUCCAAAAUCCUGCACCAUCAUGCCCUGAUUCCACAGAGCUCCAGCAAAACCCUCCACCAUCUCCCAAAGAGCUCCCACCUCAGCCUAUUUCCACGGAGCUUCAACCAAAUUCCUUACAAAUGCUUGAACUCCGAAGUCCUGCACCAUCUGAAAAUUCAGAGCUUCAACAAGGUCAUCCAUCAUCUCCCAUAGAACAAAGUUCCUCACCACCUUCAGCAGAGCUCCAGCACAUUCUUGUGCUGUCUCACACUGAUUCCACAGAGCUCCCACAGAAUGCACCAUCUCCCAAAGAACUACUGUCAAGUCCUGCACAAUCUCACACUGAUCCUUUGGCGCUUCUAAAAAGUCCAGCACCUUUAACUGCACAUACCCCACAAAGUCCUCGACCAUCUGUCAUGGAGCUCCCACAGAGUCCUGUAAUUUUCCAUCCUGAUCCCAUGGAGCCCCAACAAAAUGUUGUACCUUUGACUGCACCUUCUAUCAUACAAUUCGAGCCAUCUCCCUCUUGUCAAACAGCAUCCCAUGGUAAUCAAGAAGAGCUCCAUCCUGAUGCAGCCCAUGAAAGUUACUCAGCAUCCCACUUGGAUUCCACAGAUGACCAGAAAAACUGGAACCCAUUACACCUUCAGCAGAGUCCUGCACAGUCUCACUAUAAUCUGGCAGAACUUGUGGAAAGUACUGAGCAGAAUUCCACAGAGGAUCAGCUUAUGGACACAGAAUCUCAGCAGAGUCCAGUACAGGGUGGUCCCACUGCUUUUACCCUUGCACAUUCUCUACACAGCCCUUCAGCUCACAGUCCUAUCAAGUCAGGGCCAACUCCUCCCAGGGUGGAGCUGAGGACAGAGGAGCCUCGGCGCAGCCUUCCACCACACAGUCCUGCACAGGACAAUGCUAUGCAGCUCAGUGGAUCAUGUAGUCAGGAGAACAUUGUCAUCUCACAGCCUCAGCAGAGUGCUCUACAAAUGGACUGUAGUCCUAUGCCACAUAGUCCUGUGCAAGUUGGCAUAUCACGUCCUUGGAACUCCUCACAGGACACUGAAUCUACACUGGACCAGGAGAGCCCUGGAUUGAGCAGCCCUACUCUGCAGUAUGGGGCUGCACAGGACACGUCUACACUGGACCAGGACCUCUCAUCGGCAGCAAGAUACGCCUCAGCUCCAUGUAGCCCAUCGUCACCACCGCUCAGACCUAGACGGUGUAGUCUGUCCCAACCUGCCAGCCCUGCUCAGGCUCUCAGGUCUUCACAGCUUAGCUUACAUACUUUAGAACUUGCUGCACAUUCAACAGUCACACAGAAGUCCACCCAUGCCACACAACCUGUCUCCUUGAAACAUUGCCCUUUGCAAAAGAGUUCUAACCCUGAUGGCCAAACACUGGAAAAUAACCCUCCUCCCCUAAACCCCACCUCUGGCCUGGCCACAGUGCCCCCUGAAAGUAGCACGCUCAGUCCCGAUCAUUCCAGUCCCCCUCAUGUCCCAGAUUUCCAGACACCAGAAAGCCUUUUUCACAUUAGCACUUCAGCCAAACACAGUAGCCUAGCUUGUUCACCUUGUGCUGGUGAAAUGGAGGAAGCUCCUCCCCCAGCUAGCCAAAUUCAUCAGAAUCCUCACAACACCCCAUCACUCUGCAUGGAAGUUGUGGAGGGAGCUAGCCCCACACAUAUCCAGGCCAGCCCAGCUUGUGCUAGCUCCACUCAUGCUUACCAGAUGCCUACAAGCCCAACCAUGUGUCUUGAAGGCCAUCCUAGCCCUGUGCCAGGGGAGAGUAGCCCAUCAGCAGCGCUGGCUGGACUCAUCUACCUUGUUUCCUGUCAGGAUGAGGAGAUGCAGGUAGCUACCAUCCAGCCAAGUAAUGGUGUUCAGUCAGAACAUAGUCCCAGUCAACCAGACAGUCCUCAGCCUGACCUUGCUUACUCAGAAGCCACCGGUGGCAUUAUUUUGUCAGGUCACCAGCAUGCUCAGGAGACAGAAAGUCCCCCUGGUCAGUCAAGUCGGCCACAUAUCCAGAUUUCCUUCAGUACUUCACACCUGGCUGCAGUACAGCCGUCAAGCCCUCCACCAGCUUCUGGUAGUUCAAGUCCUCCACACUGUACACUGAGUGAUACCGGCCCAGAGAGGAGUCCUAUUAGUGCUGAAACAUAUCCCUGCUCUGCUAGUGUAGCUGAUGUUCACACCAGUCAUAGCCCAGUUAGUCCUGCUGGUCAGGCUAGUCCUGCUCAUGUAGUAGUAGCUCACUCAGGCCCAGUGCAGACAAAAACUUCCUCAUUAGCUAGCACAACUCACAGCAGCCCUGCACAUGCUGCUUUUGCCAGUGUUAGCCCACCUCACAGUCCAGCUCCUGACACUGAAAGUAGUACUAGCCUUACUGGGGCAUCACUGAGCCCCACUAGUCCUGAUGUGGACACAGUUGCUCUUUCCGGUGGGGCUCAGCCUGAUAUUGGUGCUGAUGAACCUGCAGACUGUGUCAAACAAACAAGUCCUGCUGCCUCUGUACCCGACGACUCAGCUGCUGUUAGCCCCAGCCAGAACCAAGUCAGCCAGUCCCCAGCUGGUACUGCAGUGGUCCCCAAAGAAAACCACCAAUGCACUGCCUCGCCAAGCUCCCUGUAUCAAAGCCCACUCAUCCCCACUGAUGCUACUUACACUCAGGCCAGUCCGAGUCCUGCUAGCCCUGUCCAUGCUAGUCCCACUCAGGAUAACACUGCGAUGCCUAGCUCAACCUCUCCCAGUGAGGCACCUCUUAGUCCCACAUGCCCCGCCCCCUCACAGAUAGAUCCAGGUUUUAAACAGAUCACCACAAGUCCAGGCCCCAUGAGUCCUGUGCAGGCGGAGCCUGGUCCCGGUCCCGGUCCCGAGAGUCCUGUGCAGGCGGAGCCUGGUCCAUGUCCCGAGAGUCCUGUGCAGGCGGAGCCUGGUGUCAGACCUGCUUCUGCCAGCCCAUUCCACUGUGAAGCCAGUCCUGCUUGUGAUUCAGUUAACCCUGCUCCCUCAAUAACCAGCGCAAGUCCUGGUCCUGCUAGUCCCGUGAAGCCAGAACAAGGUCCUGGACCUGAAGGGAUGUCUGAUGGCACCAUGGACACGCUGAGCACAGAGGAGCAGCAGAAGAAGACUGACGAAGAGCAGCAGGAGGAGCAGCCUGAACACACAUCACAGGAGAGCCUAGCGGAGGAGAAGCCUGUGGAGAGGAGCGAGGGAGGAGAAGAACAAAACCUGAAGGGCCUGCCCAGUUGCUCCAGCUGUCCUAAAGGAGUCCAGGAGACUCAGUGCCCCGCCUCCCCCAUUCCCACGCAGCAACCUGUGUCCUUCCCUUUGCCCUCAUCACCUCCAUCUGUGGGAGCCAGCUCCCUGGAGGUCUCCCCCCAUUGUCACUCCCAGCCCACCGUUGUAGAGGGCCUCCCACAGGAGGAAAAGCCUCCCAGUGACUUUGGACCUAUGGUGGGGCAAAAAGACCAAUCACCUCUUUGUCACAUGACAUCAGAGUGUGAUGGGGGUCAGUCACAGAGCCUAUAUGAACCUAUUGCUUUGGUAACAGAACCCACCAAAGACGAGCACCAAUCACAAGCUGAGCCUUCACAGGAGGAGGAGGAGGAGCUUUCUGAAACAGUUCAGCCGUCAGACGGUCAGCCAAUCACUGAGGAGCACUCAGACAUGGAGGAGGAGCCAGUGAGCCCCGUGCUAGACUUGGACCCCUCUUUAGACAGAGAGGUGAUGGAGCUGAUGACAUCAUCGCCUCCCCCAUCCCUCCUGCACCUGUCCUCACCAUCCUCAUCGCCACUCCUGCACAGAGGGAAGGGUCGCACCCUGAGGCCUCCUCCCUGCUCCCCCCGGCUGUCUGAUGACCUCUCCAUCCGCCUCAGACAGUCUCCCUUCUCCACUGAGGCCUCCCCAGAGACCUCCCCUGCAAGAGUGCCCAUCACGCCGCCGCCGCUCACCCCACCUUCGCCUUCUCUCAGGACUUCCCCCCCAGCUAGAGAGUGUCCACCUCUCUCUAAGGCUCCUCCCACCACUGUGCUCCCCCUCACCCCAAAAAUCGGCAUGGGGAAGCCUGCCAUUUCUAAGAGGAAGUUCUCUCCUGGCAGAGCCCGGGUGAAACAGGGCACGUGUUGGAGUAGUCGCAGGGCGGUCAGCCCCCUCUCGUCCUCCCAGGAUUCCACAGGGGAGGGAGGGUGGGACAGCCCUAAGCCCCGCCUGCAGGACUCCCCGCUCUGGAGCAUGAGAGUGGGUCGUGGUUCUGGGUUCCCGGGCAGGAGGAGGUCCAGAGGAGGCGGCAUCGGAGGAAGAGGAGGGAGAGGAAGAAGCCGACUGAAGACUCAGGACAGCGUGACUGUGUCACCGGGAGCUGGGUAUGUGGAGGUGUUCACAGCAAAGGAGGACGAGGACAACUCGAUGCACAACACCGUGGUGAUGUUCUCCACAUCGGACCACUUCACCCUCAGACAGGACAUGUGUGUGGUGUGUGGCAGUUUCGGGCAGGGCGCUGAAGGUCGGCUGUUGGCGUGCUCUCAGUGUGGACAGUGUUACCAUCCUUACUGCGUCAACGUAAAGAUCACUCGGGUGAUUCUGACCAAAGGGUGGCGCUGUUUGGAGUGCACGGUGUGCGAAGCAUGUGGUGAGGCCAGCGAUCCCGGGCGACUGUUGCUAUGUGACGACUGCGAUAUCAGUUACCAUACCUACUGCCUGGACCCGCCCCUCCUCACGGUGCCUAAAGGAGCCUGGAAGUGCAAAUGGUGUGUGUGGUGCGUGCAGUGUGGCUCCGCCUCUCCUGGGCUGCGCUGCGAGUGGCAGAGUAACUACAGCCUGUGCGGGCCGUGCUGCAGCCUGAGCCGCUGUCCCGUCUGCCAGCGAGCGUACCUGCAGGAUGACCUCAUCCUGCAGUGCCAGCAGUGCGACAGGUGGGUCCACGCUGUGUGUCAGGGUCUGACCACUGAGGAGGACGUGGAGGUCGCUGCUGACGAAGGAUUUGACUGUUCACUGUGCAGGACGCACGGACGCAGCCCCUACGGGAGGACGGAGUCGUUGGCGCCCUUCAUGGCUCAGAUCGUCUCCAGGAUCAGGGAACCCGACUCAAAGACGUACACUCAGGACGGGGUCUGCCUGACCGAGUCGGGCCUGUCUCACCUGCAGUCUCUGGUUGAACCUCUGACGUCACCGCGCAGGUGGCGCAGGUGUAAACCCAAACUGAAGCUGAGAAUCAUCAACCAGAACAGCGUGUCCGUCCUGCAAACCCCGGCGGACGCCGACCCCGCCGAGCCGGACCACGGCAGAGCUCUUCUCGACUGCGAGAUGAAAUCUGACUCCAGCCCCGAACGAGAUCAUGUUCAAGACGAUGACAUCACCAAGGAGCCUGAUGUCGCUGACAGCAACAAGAAGAAGAAACGGAAACCCUACAGGCCAGGUAUCGGUGGGUUCAUGGUGCGUCAGCGUGGCGCCAAGGCAGGGGCGGGGCCAAGCCGCAUCAAGCUGUGCAGGAAGGAUUCGACGGAGAUGCUGCCAGGCCGGGAUGAAGACAUUGCCAUGGAGAUGGCGCCCACAAUCACUGACCAGACGUCAGAGAAGUCGAAGAAGAGGUACAGGAAGAAGAAAACGAAGCUGGAGGAGACCUUUCCCUCUUACCUGCAGGAGGCAUUUUUUGGUCGAGAUCUUCUCGAUCGGAGCCGACAGGUGGACAGGGGGGUGGGGCCGGAAGCAGCAGCCAGUAGUCAAUCAAGACCAGCAACAGGUAACCUGAAAGGCCCAACUCCUGGAUUUCAGGCCCCUCCCCUCUCUGGCGCCAGCAGGAAGGCAGCAGCGCUGCCCGGGUCGGAUGGCGGUCUUGUGGAUCUGUCCGACGUCCUGAACACCGACCCUCACAUCCUCGCCACCGGACACCCAGGUCAGUUCCAGGUGGAGUGCUCCCCGUCUCCAUUUGCAGGUCUGGACAUCAGCUCUGUGGCAGAUGACGCCUCUUUGACUUCUGAGCCAACAGGAAGCAGUGGGCGUGUCCAGAGGGCGAUGCAGGAAGAGCCUCUGGACGCCAUCUUGAGUCCUGAGCUUGAUAAGAUGGUCACUGAUGGCGCCAUCCUCAGCAAGCUCUACAAGAUCCCAGAGUUGGAGGGAAAGGACGUGGAGGAGGUGUUCACUGCUGUUCUCAGUCCAGACAGCAGCAACAGCCAAUCAGAGCAGAGUCAGCACACACAUGCUGCCGCUGGGAGCAAGACGCACAACACAGGUGCCGCGCCGUUUCCUCGCCUCCCGCUGAUGAACGGCCUCUCACCAGCUGCUCCUCCCAUGAUGCCCGGUGUCCAGGGUCCAGUCAGCUUUAGGGUCCUCCCUACCCAAAACCCGGCCCCCAUCCAGGGCCCCACCUCUGCAUUGGUUCCAUCCAAUCAGCAGGGUCCGGCCGGCGAGGGCGAGCAGGACGUGCUGUCGACGGCUCAGAGGAGCACACUGAAGUGGGAGAAGGAGGAGAGUCUGGGAGAGAUGGCCACUGUCGCUCCGGUGCUCUACUGCAACACCAACUUCCCCCAGCUGAAGCAGCAGUACCCAGACUGGCCCACCAGAGUGAAGCAGAUCACCAAGCUGUGGAGAAAGGCCAGUGCUCAGGACAGAGCACCCUAUGUGCAAAAAGCUAGGGACAAUCGAGCGGCUCAGCGCAUCAACAAAGUACAGCUGUCCAACGACCCGCUCAAACGCCACCCGCCAUCACAGCAGCAGCUGCCUGCGCCGCUGGGACCCUUUGACACUGUUUCCAUGGAAAUGGAGAUGCCAUUCAAGGACCCGCUGAGGCCCAAAGAGUCGGAGCAGGAGCAGGAGUGGAAGUUCAGACAGCAAAUGCGUCAGAAGAGCAAGCAGCUCGCCAAGAUGGAGGCCACCCAGAAGCUGGAGCAGGUGAAGAACGAGCAGCGGCAGCAGCAGCAGCUCCUGGCCAGCCAGCGCCUCUCGGGCCCCCAGUCGCCUGAAACCGGCAGCUACAGCCCCGUGCCCCCAGGAGGAAGCGCCUCCCCUCAGCUCCACCCGGGUCUCAGGGAGGGUCAGCCCAGGCAGCACCUCCUGCAGGGAAGUUCUGGACCGGCGGACGACGUCUUCCUCCGGCCUCAAGCACCACCCCCUUCUGGCUUUUCCUCGCUCCCUCAAUCCCCACAUCCCACCUCUCCCCUUUACCAGCCACCAUCUUCCCCCCAGAUGUUCUCUCCCCCGUCCUCCCGCCCUUCCUCACCCUGGGACCCCUACAAUAAGGUUAUAGGCACUCCUCGGCCCUCCUCUUCCCAGCCUGGAGGCCCCACAGCCUCCCAGCAGCAGCAUCACAGCUCCCUUAGCACCUCCCCAGCCCAUGAUGUCGUAGGCUCUCCUGCUCCAUCCCCGACUCCAAAACACCUGACGUCUCCAGAAGCCUCGGGCCACAACCAGGUAACCCCACCCCCGACCCUUCAGUCAGACAUGCCGGCAUCCGAGUGGCUGAAGUCUACCAGAGGACGAACGUGCGAGUCCCUGCACCCGAAUCAUGCAGUCGUCAACUGGUCCAGGGUGUUGUGUUUAAGGCCCCCAUGCCCCCUCAGCAGGAGGCAUUUGGUGGAGGAGGGAGGAGGGACCUGUCCAGGCUUACAGACCCAGGUUUUGCCCCCCCUCCAUCACAGGAGCCUCCCUUCCCCUCCAGUCCACUGUCAGGUCUGGGCUCCCCCACCGCAGCCCUACGCCCAAGCGCCCGGCACGCCCAGACCAGAUUACGCUCAGCAGAUCUCCGACCCCUUCACCCAGCAGUCACCCAGGACCUCCCGGCCCUCUCCGGAUCCCUACACCAACCCUCAGACCCCUGGCACGCCACGCCCCCACUCUGACCCCACAUACCUCACCACACCCCCUGCACUGAGACCGGACCAGUACAACCAGCAGUCCAUGAGCUGCCGUCCCUCCCCCUCUCACCCAACCCUCGAUCCCUACGCCUCCAACCCGGGCACACCCCGUCCAGCUGUCACUGACCGCUUCCCCCGAUCACCAGGAAGUCAGCGGACCGGCGACCCCUACGCACAGCCCACAGGUACACCGCGACCCUCGCUGGAUCCCUACGCCCAGCAGCCCUCUACACCGCGACCCCAGAAGGCCCACGAGCCAUUCAGCCAAACCCCAGUCGAGAGCUUAGCUGCGCAGCCUGCAGCUUCCGUUUCAUCCCCUCUGGCUCCAGGAGACCCAGGGACCUUCACCCCAACGCCCCACCAGUUACAGCAGUCACCAGGAAGACAGCAACAGCAGGACUCAUUUCCCAGAACCCCCAGCAGCCACACCUCAAAGCACCCUGGGAUGUCAGAAGAGAGCGGCUUCUCUGCUUUGGCCAGUCACACUCCAGGUCAUGAUCCAUUUGAGCAGGGUCACAUGACACCAGGCCUAUCACAAACUGACAAGAUGGCAACCACUGAAAUAUCUCCUUUAGACGGGCCAAUGAGCGUGAUGCCUCAGCUUGGUGACUCAGGGGAGAAGCUGAGACAGCGUCAGCGGCUUCGGGAGCUCAUCCUGAGGCAGCAACAGCAGAAGAGCACGUUACGGCAGGAGAAGGGUCUGCAGGAACCGGCUCCUGGACUUGCUGCACCCCCGGCUGCUCCAACAGGAUCCUCCGCUGGUUCUAACAGCUGGUCCCAGGAAGACUCCUCCAGCUCCAACUCCACCACUUCUCCUGUCCAGACAGACCCAUUUGGGCGCCCUCCGCCCCCGUAUCCUGGUACAAUACGGUCUGCCGGGGCUCCAGCCCUGAGGUUCCCUGGAGUGUUCCCAAGAGAGCAGCAGAGGGGUUUCGCGCCCAUCGAGGCUUCUUUCCCCAGACAGAGCCUCCCCAGAGAGCUGGGUGUCCGAGGACCAGGAUCGAGGUUUGGAGCUCCAGCUGGCCUCCAUGAGACUUUCCUGCGUGCACCCCUAGGAUCAACGCCUGCCUCUGGGCUCGGUGCUGUGGAGGUUCCCGUUCAGAUGAGGAGGCCAGUGCCCGGGGACUUCACCGCCAUCCGUCCCCAUGGGACUCCAAACGCUCACCCGCACAUGAUGCAAGGUGUCCCCCAGCCCUUCCUCCCUCGCUCCCUCUCUAUCCAGCAGCACAGCAUCAUGGGACAGCCCUACAUUGAGCUUCGACAUCGCACUCCAGAGAACCGCCUGAGGCUGCCCUUCUCUCUUCCUUCAGCCACGGACCCCGAGGCCCCUCUCCUGCACCCCAGAGACCCCCACCCACCUGCCAUCAGAUCUGGUCCUGGGGCCAGGAUGGGUGAGACGCUGAUGGCUCAGCAGAUGAUCACAGCGGGUGCCGUGGAGCAGCUGAACCAGCAGGGUCCUCAGCAGCAGCACCUUGGCCACACAGCGGCUCUGACUCAGCCCGGCGAGCCGGCACUCUCGGAGGAUGGAAUCGAGGAGCACCUGGAAGGGGAGGACUCGGCUGUGAAGGACCUGGAGGAUGUAGAAGUGAAGGAUCUGGUUGAUCUGAACCUAAACCUCGACCCAGAAGAUGGUAAAGAAGACCUGGACCUGGGUCCCAAUGACCUCCAUCUCGAUGACUUCCUGCUGUCGGGGAAGUUUGACCUGAUCGCCUAUGCCGACCCUGAGCUCAACCUGGAGGACAAGAAGGACAUGUUCAACGAGGAGCUGGAUCUGGGAGAACCAGCAGAGGAGAAGGAGAGCGGAGAGAGGAAGGAUGGAGUUGGUGGUUCUAGAAAGACUGACAGCAGCUCCCACCUGGUCGGACAGAUCAAACAGGAAGUGAGGGACGACAGCAAGACGGAGGUGGCUCCACCUGGGGUCAUCGCCACCAGCAAACCCCUGGGAGCUCUAGGACUUGAGGUUUCCUCUGUCCAUCACAUCAAGGAAAAGCUGGAGGACUCUGGUUCUGUUUCAGGGCCCUUGUCAUCCCUCCAGCCCCAGGAGCAGGUACCAUCCAUGGGCAUGGUAUCCAGAGUUCAGCCCCCUGUGACCACAGGACAACAGCCUGUCUUCCAGCAGCAGCAGAGGCCUUUUGGGCCCCCCUCAUCCUCACCUCAACUCACCCCUCACCCUCAGGCUGUCUCAGUGUCUCCUCACACCAGUCUGCCUGCUCAGGACCCGCAAGGCCCGCCUCACCCGCUGCCUCUCCAGCCUCCUCACCUCCUCACCACUCAGACCCAAUCUCCACAUAUGGGGACCUCCACGCAGAGCCAGACCCAGGGUACCUUUGCUCAGACCCAGGUCCAGAACCAAAAUAAACAAAGGCCUCUGCUUCUGGAGGAGCAGCCGCUUCUUCUGCAGGACCUCCUGGACCAAGAGCGCCAGGAGCAGCAGCAACAGAAACAGAUGCAGGCCCUGAUCAGACAACGCUCCACCACAGACUCUGCGUUCCCUGGUGUGGACUUUGACUCCAUUACCGACCCCAUUAUGAAGGCAAAGAUGGUGGCUUUGAAAGGCAUAAACAAAGUGAUGUCUCAGGGAAACCUGGGUCUGAAUCCCAUGGUCAUCAACAGGUUCCAGCAGCCUCCAGGAGCCCCGGGUCCUGAGGUCCCCCCUCAGCCUCCACACCUGGUAGGACAGGAGGGGAAGGUGAACCCUCAGCUGGUGCGACCCACCCCCCCAAGCUUUGGCCCCGGGUUCAGCAAUGAGCCCAAGCGGCCGCAGUACGAGGACUGGCUCGGAGAGACACAGCAGCUCCUGCAGAUGCAGCAGCGCCUCCUGGAGGAUCAGAUCGCUGCCCAUCGCAAGACCAAAAAGGCUCUGUCAGCCAAACAGAGAACUGCCAAGAAGGCGGGCCGUGUCUUCGCAGAGGAGGACGCCGCCCAGCUACGCUACAUCAGCGAGCAGCAGGGAGUGGUCCAGAAACAGCUAGAGCAGAUCCGGAAGCAGCAGAAGGACCAUGCAGAGCUCAUCGAGGACUACCGGACAAAACAUCCUCAGAGGGGUCUACAGCAGCAACCAGCACCCUCCCUCCCUCAGAAGCUGCUCUCACAGCCCAUCGUGCCCCUGCAACCCCACCCGGGCGGCCCGCGCCGGCCCAUCUCCCAAACGUACCUCCCGCCUGGACUCCAGGGGGUGGGCCAGGGUGAUGGGGCAGAGGAUGCCGCCUCAUCUACCCCUUCAACUCCCUGCCGGCCUACCCAACACCCCCCAAGUACCCCCACACACUCAGGCGCCCUCUGCCAUGGUGCCGGGCCUUGCGGCUCAGACGGCAGGCUUUACUGCCGCCUCCCGGGGCCCCACUGGAGGUCCCAAUGGAGCCACAGUGGACGGAGCUGGCCCGCCCCUCAGGUCAAGUUUGACGACAACAACCCGUUCAGCGAGGGUUUCCAGGAGAGGGAGAGGAGGGAGAGGCUGAGGGAGCAGCAGGAGAGGCAGCGGGUUCAGCUCAUGCAGGAGGUGGAGCGUCACCGUGUCCUGCAGCAGAGACUGGAGCUGGAGCAGCAGAGCCUCCUGGGGGCCUCCGUGCCUCCUGCCGCAACUAAGUUGGGCCCUCAGGUGGGACCGACAGCAGGGCCGGGUCCUGCCCCCGGAGUGGACGGUCUGUCUCAGAUGCCCUUUUUCAGCGCCGAGCUGCCCCAGGACUUCCUCCAGUCUCCCCAGACCUCCAGGCCUCGACCUCAGCACCAGAGCCAGGUGGCAGCGCCCUUUCCCCUGCAGGCGGGCCUCCGCCAGGGCUUCACAGCAAGGCUUCUGCUCCCUGGAGCGUCCCCUGUUCCAACAGGUGAACCCCCCAUGAACGUGGCUCCUUCCAGCCUCCUGACCAGGCCGAGGCUCCCCGGCCUCACAGGACCCUCAGCCCCGGGGCAGGCACACCCAGCUGGGGUAGGAGCAGCAGGAAUGCCCUCCUCCCAUCCAGCAGGGCAGGGACAUCUAUUCGGACACGACGACUCCUCUUCCUCCCCCUCCACCCCUCUGGCCACUUCCUUCCCCUGCUCCUCCUCUGGUGGCCCCGCCUCCCUCAUCCAGCUGUAUUCUGACAUCAUCCCGGAUGAUAAACCGAAUAAGAAGAGGAGUAGGAAGAAGGAUGGGGAGGAAGCCACAGGAGGAGGGGGGGCCAGGACGCCACUGUCCUCGCAAUCUGAUGACCUCACUGCCCCUCCCACCCCUGCUGUCUCUGACACGGCGUGCUCCACACCCACCUUUGGCAGCAUGGACCAAUCAGAGCUGUCUUUCCCUCAGAGCUCCUCCCUCUCUGGUCUGGCCCCAUCAUCAGAGCUGGAGAGGCAGCUGUCCAUCAUCUCUGCAGCCCAGCAGAGAGCCGGGCUGGGCUCAGAGUGCCAGAGAGGGCCCCUGUCUGCAGCUCGGCUGGAGGUCAAGGAGGAGCGUGAGGAGGGCGGAGCCUGUGGAGCUGGUGUGGUGAAGAUGGAGGAGGGUGGGGCUGAGCCAUUCUCCCCCACCUCUCCUCAUCAGGGAGGCGACGCAGGGAAGGAGCUGCUCAGACACCUGCUAAGGGACAAGACCUCCCCUGCCAAUACACCAUCGCCCAUCACUCAAGCUCCGCCCAUCGCCCGACGACAGCUGUCCAGCGAUGGCUGUCGAUCUGAAGAGGAAGAUGUACCUGGUUCCCAUGGCAACAUGGUGGCGACGGACGGUCCCGCCUCAGAGCUGCUGGACACCUUCGGCAGGAAGAAGACGCAACGCUGCAAGAGAUCCGCCCGGCCCGACAAAGACCGAGCUCCUCCCAAGUACAAAAGGAAGAAGAAGGAGGAGGAGGAGGAGAAGGCACUCCAAUCCCGCUCCACCUCUCCCUCCUCUGACCCGGUGGUGACACACCUCAGACAGCUGGCAGUGCUGCCCCUCAUGGAGCCGGUCCUAGGGGUGGAUCUCGGUCUGUUCCCCCCCUUCGGCAGCUCCUCUCUGGGCCGAGACUCCAGGCUGAGCGGAUCCUUCGGCAAUGCCUGCCUGGAUGGAGUCACUGACUACUACUCCCAGCUCAUAUACAAGCAGAACAACCUCAGUAACCCCCCCACGCCUCCGGCCUCCCUGCCCCCGACACCGCCUCCUGUUGCCAGGCAGAAACUGGUGAACGGCUUCGCCACGACGGAGGAGCUGACCAGGAAGGAGCUUGGCGAGCAGGACGUGAAAGGUGUGUCGGUUCUGAAGCUGAAAGGGGAGGAGCUUCUCAGUUUAAACCAUCCCUCCAAAACAGUAGAUGUGCCUGCCUCCCUCCCAACCCCACCCCACAACAACCAGGAGGAGCUCAGGGUCCAGGACUCGUCAGAGCGAGAUGACCCUGACAGCUACGUUCCAUCGUCGUCCCCGGAGAGUGUGGCGGACAUAGAGGUCAGCCGGUACCCCGACCUGUCCUUCAUCAAGCUGGAGCCUCCCUCACCCUGCCCGUCGCCUACACUACCCAUGAUCCCCUGUGCUUGGGGGAAAGGCUCUGCAGUCAAACAGGAAGUGAAGACGGAGAUGAACCAUCAGGGACUUCCUUCCUGCUCGAACACAGACCUGGUUACCAUAGCAAUAACCCUGAACCCCACUGCAGCCCAGAACGUUCCAGGAGUGAUGGCGGCGGUGGCGGAGCUGCUGCAGGUCCCCGUCCCUGUGAACUACCAGCUGAGCCGAGCAUCCGGUCCCGAGCAGAGCUCUCUGGCCCUGCUGGCGAGCGUGCAGGUGCCGCUGACGCAGGGUUCAACCACCACAAAACAGAGAGCUGCCGCCACAGGAAACACAGGUGUCAGAAUGGACUUCAGCCAGCAGGGCGGCGCUGCCACCACCAGGCCUCAGUGCUGCAGCUACUGCAAGGUGUUGCUGGGAAACGGAGUCCGCAUUGUCAGGGAGCUCAAACAGGAGGGUCAGUCCGGACCCGGCUCCAGCCUGCUCUUCUGCAGCCCCAACUGCUCCACCCUCUACACCAGCGACCUCCAGACCAGGUCUGCAGGCACCAAGUCUGCAGUCCCUGUCCUGCUCUCGGGCUCCGAGUGCCCCCCUUCCACCAGGGUGCAGCACCAGUACACCAACAACAUGUCCUCCAUUGCCGUCCACUCCCUCCCCCGUGCUCCCUCCUCGCCUCCCCCGACAUCUUCCUCCUCCCCACCUCUCUUCUUCCCAUCUGCCUCUGCCAUUACCAUGGAGACCAGGCCUCGCAUGGACAGCCUCAAGGUGAAGGUAAAGUUGAAGCCCCGCCCCCGGGCGGUCCCAGGUGGGGAGGACUCACUGUCAUCGCGCCACGGAAAGAGGAUGAAGAGUUCCCGCUGGCGACGCUGGAGUGUUAACAUCACACUGAGCAGGGGUACUUGCAUCUCUAAUGAGGCGGUUGCCUUGCCAACAGAGGAGGAAGUGGAUGAGCUGUUGAAGAACCUGGGGGCGUGUCUUCAUCCAGACACGUUACCCAGAGACCAGCGGAGGUGCUGCUUCUGUCACCAGCAGGGCGAUGGCCAGACAGACGGACCAGCCAGGCUCCUGAACCUGGACCUGGAUCUGUGGGUGCACCUUAACUGCGCCCUGUGGUCUAGCGAGGUGUACGAGACUCAGGCGGGCGCGCUCAUCAACGUGGAGCUGGCUUUGAGGCGAGGACUGACUCUACGCUGUGCUCACUGCCAGCAGACCGGCGCCACGAGCGGCUGCAACCGCCUCCGCUGCACCAACACCUACCACUUCACCUGUGCCCUGCAGGCCCAGUGCACCUUCUUCAAGGAUAAAACCAUGCUCUGCCACCUCCAUAAACCCAGGAUGGUUCCUCUCAGCGGGGACAGGUCCUGUGGCGGCUCACCCUCCUCCACUCCUGGCUCUGCCCCUGACCCGGCGGCUGUGGCGGCCUCUGACCCGUACGACUCAGAGCUGCGGUGCUUCGCGGUGUUCCGCCGAGUGUUCGUGCAGCGGGACGAGGCGCGCCAGAUCGCAGCCGUGGUGCAGCGCGGCGAGAGGCAGCACACCUUCAGGGUCGGCAGCCUGCUGUUCCGCGCCGUCGGCAGGCUCCUCCCACAGCAGAUGAGAACCUUCCACAACGAGACGGCCAUCUUCCCUGUCGGUUACCAUGCCAACCGUAUCUACUGGAGCAUGCGCCACAGCAACAGACGCUGUAAGUACAUGUGCUACAUCGAGGAGGAGGAGGGGCAGCCGCUGUUCAAGGUAAAGGUGGUGGAGAAAGGACACGAUGACCUCAUUCUGACCGGACCCACACCCAAAGCUGUGUGGGAUCAGAUCCUGGAUCCCGUCUCCCAGAUGAGGACCUCCAGUGGGACUCUGAAGCUGUUCCCAGUUUACCUGAAAGGAGAAGAUCUGUUUGGUCUGACCACGUCUGCGGUGACCCGGAUCAUCGAGUCUUUACCUGGCGUGGAGGCCUGUGAGCGUUACACCUUUCGUUACGGCAGGAACCCUCUCAUGGAGUGGCCUCUGGCCUUUAACCCGUCAGGCUCCGCCCGCUCCGAACCCAAAGCCUGUCAGGCCAAAAGACCCUACCUGCUGACCAGCAUCGCUCCCAGGUGUCAGGGCUCGGUGGGCUCCAUCGUGGGCCUCGUCCCCGGCGUCAUCUCUCUGUCUCCGGGCGAGUCCGUGGCUGGCGCUCACCAGGGACGCCACUCCAAGUCCUCACAGUACCGCCGCAUGAAGGCUGAGUGGAAGAGCAACGUGUACCUGGCACGCUCCCGCAUCCAGGGUCUAGGUCUGUACGCUGCCAGAGACAUCGAGAAGUGCACCAUGGUCAUCGAGUACAUCGGCACCAUCAUCAGGAGUGAAGUAGCCAAUCGCAAGGAGAGGCUGUACGAGUCACAGAAUCGCGGCGUGUACAUGUUCCGGAUCGAUAACGACUACGUGAUCGACGCCACCAUCACCGGAGGACCCGCCAGGUACAUCAACCACUCAUGUGCUCCCAACUGCAUCACUGAGGUGGUGACGGUGGAGAAGGAGAACAAGAUCAUCAUCAGCUCCUGCAGACGCAUCCAGAGAGGAGAAGAGCUGUGCUACGACUACAAGUUUGACCUGGAGGACGAUCAGCAUAAGAUCCCGUGUCACUGCGGAGCCGUCAACUGCCGCAAAUGGAUGAACUGAGCACACGAGAACACACACACACACACACACACACACACACACACACACACACACACACACACAGGCAGCUUGCUCUCUGUUAGUCGCCUCCCCUGUGGGCGGAGCUUAACUUCAUAUCAACACAGUGAUAAUAAUGAAAGUUGAUUGCUUUAAUCACAGAGGUAAUGAUAAUAAUAUUGAUGAUGGGGAUAACAGGUCAGGGUGGGGGUUAUAUAUGCGUGUGGGUGGGGUCAGAAGCUUGUGUCUGAGGGCGUGGCUGUGUCAGAGAGUGGGCGGGGCUUAAAGAGGCUGGUCCUCUGUGUAUAUUGUGUGUAAAAAUGAGCACAGAUGUAAAUGUGAGAUCAGAGAAUGUGUCGUCUUUAACUUGCACUAAAACACAAAAACAACAAAAAUACAGACUUUAUUCCCCGGCCCCGCUCACCCCACUCCGGCCCCGCCCACCUCCAUUUGUUAAUUUCCUGUAAAAUAAGAGGUUUUUUUGUAUUUAUUACUCAAUGAAGCUAUUUUCUAAACCUGCGGUGCGUUCGAGGUCCGGCAUUGUGUAAAUACGUGUACCAUAGAUGAGAGAAUCGCACAGAGUUUAAGAAGCCCUCCACCAUCCUCGCCGCCGCCGAUCAGCUGCAGCGUUUCAAGUACAAUUUGUGUUGCCCACCCGGUGCCACGUCCCUAUUGGACGGACUGUGAAGCGAGUCGGGCAGGCGUCACCGCAGCCUUCAGGCGCAGAGUCCCCCUGCCGUGUACAUAGGAGACUUUGCUGAAGUGUACAGAGACGUCAACAAAGCCUUUUUUAUUAUUACUGGACGUAACCGUGACGAUGAAGAUGUUUGUUUUUGGGAAAUAUGGUGACUCUGAUUUAGAAUCAUUUACAGAAAAUAAAAUAUUUUACAUGUU